GUUUGGGAUGAGAGUCAUGAGACACCUCUUUCUCUCUCUCUCUCUCUCUGGUUUAAGAAAUAAUGUAGAUCUCUAUGCCUUGGAAGCUUCUUCAUUUCUCUAUGUCUAGAUCGGAAUGGGGGGCACUGUUGGAUUGUGCUCCCCUUUGAAGACUAAACAAAUCUAGAGCAAAAUAGCCUCGUUCGUUCAUCCACACCACACGAGGAUCUGGAACUACUCUACGGUCUACGGGGUCUGAAUCUGUGUGCGGGUGUUGGUGUUAUUUGGUCUAUCCCUUUCAUUUUUCUUUUUUGUUUUUUCUUUUUUCUUUUCUCAACUCACCUUCUUCCUCGCUUCUCAGCCCACGCCAACCUUGUUCGCAUACCAACUCUACAUCCACCGACAAUAUUCUUCCUAUUAAAAUCAGUACUGCAACCAGGAACAGGACGGGAAACUUGUGAUUGUGUAUUUCUUUGGUUUGACAUGGCCUUCUUCAAGUGUUUUAGAUUCAAAAUUAGACGCAGACCCAAUCGUGUUGUUAUUGAUCAACCGGAGCAUGGCAAUGGCAUCACUGACAGUAAUAGGCAUGAGCUUGAUGAUCAGAAGCGGAAGGAUAACAGUUCAGUCAGGAAAUUCACUUGGGACGAGGUUGAGAGGGUGACUAUGAACUUCUCCAAGGUGAUUGGAUCUGGGGGGUUUAGCACAGUCUAUCUGGCUCACUUCCCGGGCUCUCUGGGGCUGGGGGCAAUCAAGAUCCACAUUGGCAGCGAGCGUCUCAACCAAUUGUUCAAGCAGGAACUAGACAUCCUGCUCCGUCUUCGCCAUGAAAAUAUCGUCGACCUUCUUGGCUACUGCGACGACGGAGAACAAGGGGCCAUGGUAUUUGAGUAUGUGCCCAACGGAAGCUUGCAAGAGAAGCUCCAUGAUGCAGAAAGGGAAUCGCCUGUGCUUUCGUGGAGAAGCCGCAUGACCGUAGCCUUCCAACUUGCGCAAGCACUUGAAUAUUUGCAUGAAAAAUGCACCCCCCAGAUUGUUCACGGCGACAUCAAAGCCUCAAACAUCCUGCUGGACGAGCAUCUCAACUGCAAGCUCUGCGAUUUCGGGUUUGCGAAGAUGGGGUUUGCUUCGACGGUACAACCGCCUUCAUCUUCUCCAUAUUCUACCUCUUCUUCCUCCUCUCCCUUAAGGAUGAAGCAAGUGAUGAUGGGUUCCCCCGGUUACACAGAUCCCCACUACCUGAGAACGGGAAUAGCCUCAAAGAAGAACGAUGUUUACAGCUUUGGUGUCGUCCUUCUGGAACUUGUCACGGGGAUGGAGGCUUUCUGCUCUGAAAGGGAGCAGUUUUUGACAUCUAUACUGAGACCAAUGCUGAGGAACGUCAAUAAAUUGGGAUCUAGGGAGGUGGCGGAAAUGGUGGAUCCACGGCUGGCUUGGGACUAUGACCCGGAAGAAGUCAGGGCCAUCCUAUCCAUCUCAGCCCUGUGCCUUGGCCAGUCCCCCAUCCUCAGGCCUUCUGCUAGUUGCAUCUUGCAAUCUUUUAAGGACAACAUCUCUUCCAUCUCCAUCCUAUUCCUACCAGAGAAAUUCGGUUCAAUAAAGAAAUCUACUGCCUAUAUAUAGUUAAGUCAUGAUCAACAUGAUUAAUAGGGAUGGUCGACCAUGGUGAUUCUGUAAGAAUGUAAAAAUUAGUCACUGUUUUCACUUCUCUUAUUAUACUUGUAACUAGAUUCGUUGGAUGCAGCGUUGAAUAAGCUAUUUUUUU